UAAGAUUCUUACGCAUUGUUUGACAGCUAAGUUAGGUUAGGUUAAAGUAAAGUUAGAAUACCACGCAUGGCGGAUGGCGUGGUAGAUUCAUCGAUUUAAAAAAUUAACCUCCAAAGAUAGAAUUCAUUCAAGUUUUCACCGAUAAUAAUGCUAGCGAGACGAUUAACAUGCGUGCUGAGUAAACGACCGUGCUUUCAAGAUCACUCGCUCUCUCGGGUAGCACGUGCGUAUGGCUUGAAUCAUGAAAAAACCCAAUACUCAAUGAGAGAAAGGGAAAACAUGUCCAAGAAUGAUCCGAAAAAGCCUACGAAUAUUAUGUGGUUUCCCAUGAAGGCGAGCAAGGAGACAGAUUUCUCCUUCGGUAAUAUUUCGAAAUGGUUUGCGCAUCAAGUAUCUGCAUACAGCAAACUCAACCAGAGAUUCAUACCGGAGAGACAUGAGGUGUUAGGCGCCGAUCUGGCCACUGCUCACUUUAUCAUAUAUCGCGGUGGCCGGGUAAAAUUCAAGGGUAACACUAAUUGGACGGAGAAGGACGAGAAAGGCUCGUGUGAUUUACCUGCCAAGUAUGAUUUCCACUACAUCCUCGAGGCAGUGGACGCCAGUAAUGUCGACCUGUAUUACGAAGGUCUGAGUAAUUUGUGCGGCCUCAAGAAGCUCAAAUGGCUCAGUUUCAAGAACUGUAAGAACAUCGAUGACUGGGGCUUGGACAAGAUCUCGGCGGAAUUCCCGGAAUUGGAAUACUUGAAUAUCUCCAGCUGUGAGAAGAUCACCGAGAGAGGAUUGGAAUCUUUGUAUAGAAUGUCUAAUUUAAAGACACUGAUCGUAACAAAUCAUUAUAAAUCCGUUGCAUUCGAGCUAACUUGUUUCAUGUUGGAGGAUUGUAUACCCAACUUGACUUGUGAAAUUCAUAUACCUGAAAAACUAAACGAGUAAUGCUAAUGAAAAAACUAGAAUGGGUAAAAUAUAAGAAAUAAUUAAUAUUUCUAUAUAUUACAAAAUAUAUCCAUCUCAUACUUAUAUAUCAUUAUAUUAUAUAUACAUUUAUUCAAUAUUUAAAUAUUAUUUAUGCAAUCUCAAUUACCAUAGCAUUGUAAAUUAAGAAUGUUUGAGAGAAGUAUUAUUAAAAAUAUAUAAAAUAUUGACAAUAGAUAAAAUAAUAAUUUAUGCAAAAAUGCUA